AUGGCGGAGGCAUGCAACAAGGCUGCGGUUCAAAAGGCCCGGGUGGAUGCCUCAGCGGCAGACGAUGAUGGCGCAUGGAAGACGACGCGUACCAACAUCACCGCGGCCGCCCUACGGGCCGAGGCGUCUGCAUACGCGAAGCGGCCAAAAGCAUGA